UUCAAUUUUUUUUAUGCUUUAAAAAGCUCUAGUUUUCCAAAGUAAAGGUGUGAAGAACUAAAAAAAAGAUGGCCAAAUUGUCGUUAAUUCUAUUGUUUAUUGGUUGUGCUUUAGCUGGUCCACGAGGCAGACCCUGGACAGGUGGAAGAGUUCCAUACAAAAUAGAGCAUGUUGGACCGAGUGGUGAAAUCAAUAUCAAGGCUGCUUUAUCAGAAAUUGAGCGAAAAACCUGCAUUAAAUUCGUACCCAAAUCAAGUGCCGAUGUUUACUUCGUCAGUUUUAAAAGAAGUCCUGUCAGUUACAUGUGUGCAGCUAAAAGUGUUGGGAUGAGCAUGCAAAACAACAGAAAUGUUGUCGAACUGUCAACAACUUGUUUAAACAAUAAAAACACAAUUAUGUUCGAAACCAGUCAUAUUUUAGGCUUGUACCAUCCAGCUUCACCAUUUGGCACACCACUGACCGACGCUGAUUACAGUGACUUGAAGAAAUUGUAUCAUUGUUAAUUAUUUUGCUGAAAGUGAUACGAAAUGUAUGUAGAGUAUGAAAAAUACUUUGUAAAAAUAUA